AUAAAUUUCAAAAUAUCGUACUAAACGUUUAUAGCUGUUAGUGGCUCCAACAAGAUUUGGGCUGUCAAAUAUAGCGAAUUCAAAUAUGGAAAACCUGCGAAAGCGCGAUGUAAUUUUACAGACAGUUUCUCAAGCUUUCGCUCACAGACUUGUACUUUAUGCAUCUUCUGCAACCCUUUCUGCUUUUCCACGAGAAAAUAUUUUUUGUGAUGGUGCUGAGGAAUUGGGUUCUGUGGAAUCAGAAUAUAAUGGCCCAUGCUUGGUGCUCUUGCGGAAUUGCAGAUUAGCAGCUCAAGCACUUGUGGAGCAUAUCCGGUCAACUUUCCUCCGUGGGUACAUCAUGAGAAUAUACUGGUGCCAAUAUAGUGUCUCUAGCAAAACUCAAAUGAUCUCACACAUCAGGUCAUUAGUGGAGCUUUUGAGGGAUAGCGGAACAACUUCAGUUUAUAGCAGUGGAUUUGUGAAUGAUGAAAAGAUUCAGGAAAAGGAACAUGGUAGACCACAAAAUGCAUUGGGUACUUAUGAUGAUACUCAAUUGAAAUUCAGACUGCAAACACAUCCCAGAGGACUUGCAGAAUCGCUACUGGAUGAGCUACCAGAACUUGAAUGCAGUCUUCAUGAUUUUACAUACAGUAUAUAUGUGGUUGAGAUUGAUAGUACUUUUCACUAUGGAAUAGACAUUGGCUCAAACAUGUAUCUGCUGGGACCUAAUAGAGAAGCUCUUUCCAAGGGCUGUGUAUCUAAAGCCUCCACCAAAAUAGAGGAGGCAUUACAUGUUUUCAACUUGAAGCUACAGGAAAGCAUGCUUGUUCUUGAUGUAGGAGCAGCACCAGGAGCAUGGACAGAAUACUUGAGUCGAUAUGCAACUAGUGUUUUGGCAAUAGAUCCUGGGAAGCUUUGUAUCGGAGCCCAGAAGUCAAAUGUCAGCCAUAUUUGUAAGAAGGUGGAAUAUGCACAUGGAGAACUUCAAGCUUGGACAAGAACUAGAUCCUUUGACCUGUUGGUUUGUGAUAUUAACAAGCAUCCUGUUGAGGCUGCAGAAAUAAUUGCUGCAUUGCUACCAUAUUUGAGAUCUGGUGGUAGCCUUAUCUUGACAUUGAAAUUCUAUGGACGUGGCAAAUUCAAGGACUCUAAGAUCAAUGAGAUCUUUGAUAUCUUUCAUGGCCGUUUGGUAGAGAUGGAAUGUAUUUGGCUCAUGGCAAACAGUAUAUAUGAAAGAACAUUCUUUGGCAAAAAAUCAUAAUUCAAUGUUAUAAUUUCAAUAUGUUUAUCCUUGAUUGGAAAAAAAUUCUUUAUUCUCCUGAACUUCAAUCUAGCAGCGCUGAUCUGUAAGGUUAUUUAUCAAUUCAUUAACUAUUUUUGACAAGCUCAACAAUAUAGCUGAUGGGACAGGUAUGUGUUGCAAAUGAUUUAUAAUUGCUGUUUUCAACAAAUUCUUUGUUACCAAUGAAGUUUUAAAUUUAUCUGAUUUUGCUUGCAAAUGAGUCGGAAUGCUCAAAAAAAUUGCGAGUCCUGGAGUUUCUUCAGCAGAAGAUUUGACAUUCUCUGAAAAAUUGUCAAAUGUGGAAGAUGAUUGAAAAUUUUAAAAUACAAUAGAGAGGUUAUCAUAAAGGGUCAAGAUAUGGCAGAAGUAUGGAAGUAAUUUGAUGAGGAUUAAGCUAGCAGAGCUGCAAUAUAUCUUCUAGAGAAUUUAUGUAUGCUUUGUCAGUAUUUUCUAGUCCAUGGGAAUUUAUGGGUUGACCAUUUAAAUGUUUGUGAUUUUUGUUCAUAAGUAAUUUGUAGGAAAAGUUGUAUAGAAAAAGUGAUAAGUUGUCUUUUGGGUCUCAUAACAACAAUUUCUUUGUG